GUUUGGGCAUCGAACCACGCGAGCUUCGAAUUCUUCUUGAACAAACGCGUGACGAAAGGAAAUGUCAUUGACCCCCCUCUAGGAAGAAAUUGCUCAAGUCUUUUGUGGGCGCGCCAGGCAUAGUUGUGUCAUUCCUCGCAUUCUUUGUUAGCCUCCGUUUUCACUCAAGUAAAGGGCAAGUUGCUAAUUCCAGGUGAUUUUUCGAAGGACGACGUUACUAUCAUUCCUCUUGUAUUUUGAAGAAUUCUGUGUGGUUAGACUUGUGCUUCCGGAACGACUGAUCAAGCCAUCAGUUAGAAGUCUACUGGGUCAGAAUAAACAGUAUUUGGAGAUUCCCUCCAGCUAAGAUCAAUUUUUUACUCAGUGUUUCCAACAAAACCGCCAAGAUUUCGGACCACGAGGACCUCGAAAUGACUAACUCGGCCGACGAGGGCAGCGCGACCAAAAGCCCCGUCGACAUGGCCAAUGAUGCCGAAGGAGUAUGGUCGCCAGAUAUCGAGCAGUCCUUUCAGGAGGCUCUGGCAAUUUACCCUCCUUGUGGGCGGCGAAAAAUUAUUCUCUCUGAUGAAGGCAAAAUGUACGGCCGUAAUGAGUUGAUUGCUCGAUACAUCAAGCUGAGAACUGGAAAAACAAGAACAAGGAAACAGGUUUCCAGUCACAUUCAAGUGUUAGCAAGGAAAAAGGUUUCAAGUCACAUUCAGGUGUUAGCAAGGAGAAAACCAAGAGAAGUGCAUGCAAAAAUUAAGGACCAGGCUGCGCGAGACAAAGCUCUUCAGACUAUGGCUUCAAUGUCAUCGGCACAAAUUGUGUCAGCCUCUGUACUUCACAGCAAGGCUCUGGCGGCAGCUGGAAUGCCUGCAUUUAACAAUGAAAGCCAAGGAUACCAACAACAAUACUGGCCAUCUAGCGCAGGGCAGCCAGUGCCAGGCAGUUAUAACAAUGCCUCACAAGCUCCAUAUGGCAGUCCAGGAGUCCAAGCCAGUGUACCCGGUAGUGUUGUGUCCACAGCUUCAGUUGCAAGCCCCACUGGAGCUGUUGUCAGUACUCCUGAAGACAUGAGGAGUGUCACACACAGCAGAGGAACUGUAUCCUCUACACCACCAACUUUUGCUGCACAUGGCAGCUCAACAUGGCCUCAGAGAUCUGUUGAACAGCAGCUACCCCUGCGGCUGGUGGACUUCUCAGCAUUUCUCGAACAACAGCGAAUGGAACCUGAGUCGUACCACAAGCAUUUGUUUGUUCACUUGGGACCAAACACAGAUCUUGGUGACCCUCACCUUGAGGCAGUCGACAUUCGCCAGAUUUAUGACAAGUUUCCUGAGAAGAAAGGAGGCCUUAAAGAGCUUUAUGACAAGGGACCCCAAGCAGUAUUUUUCUUGGUGAAAUUUUGGGCUGAUCUGAAUACAAACAUACAUGAUGAAGCUGGAGCAUUUUAUGGCGUUUCAAGCACUUAUGAGUCAAACGAAAAUAUGACCAUCACAUGUUCCACAAAAGUUUGUUCAUUUGGCAAGCAAGUUGUGGAGAAAGUGGAGACUGAAUUUGGCCACUUCGAAAACAGUCGGUUUGUUUACCGCAUUCACAGGUCCCCAAUGUGCGAAUACAUGAUCAAUUUUGUUCACAAACUUAAACAGUUGCCUGAAAAGUACAUGAUGAACAGUGUGUUGGAGAACUUCACGAUUCUUCAAGUAUUAUCAAACAGGGAGACACAAGAAACCUUACUCUGCCUUGCCUAUGUGUUUGAAGUAUCAACUAGCGAACAUGGAGCUCAGCAUCAUAUUUACCGACUAGUUAAAGACUAAAAAAUAUUAUAUUAAAAGUAACUGCUUUCUAGAACAUGUAUAUGUAUAUCUUUUUCCUUUGUAAAAUUUAUUCUUUCAAUUUCUUUAUAUCAAAUAACUUGUAUUAUGUAAAUGAAAGAAAACAUCAGCCAUUUGGAGGACUAAAACUAUCCAUGCAAGAUAAGGAAAAUUGUUUUAAAGCACAUCGAUAUUGCUUUGGGUUGUGAUAUUGCAUUUUGCUGUGAGUUAUAGGAGCUAGAAAUCAUUACUUUUAAUCAAGACAUUUGAGAUGACUGUCAGCUUUACUCCAAUUGUAAGUUCCAGCCAUCAAAAAUCUUUUAUAUUCUCUUGAGAUAUUAAAUACUUUUAAUAUCGUAAA